CAAGUUUUCUUAGAUGAUAACGUCAUCACUUUUUGGUAGAAUUUAAAAAUGUUAGUUUAGUUUUGUUCCUAUGCUUAGCUUUUCGUUAAAAAUUCUUUUUCCACUAGCAAAAUUCUAAAUUUACCGUUAUAAUGUUAAAGAGACCUGCGUUAGUUUAUCGGUGCCUCCAGACUUCUGUUAAAAGGCCCUACCAUCUAAAUGCACUUGAACAUUUAAGAAAAAUUGAAAUUCUCAAGCCCGAAAGCCAGCCUAGUCAAAAGCCUAAGAAAAUUGGAGACGGCUCCAUUGGAGUGAUUCACGUCAUCAAGAACAAAUACUAUGGACGCCCCAACCCCAUGCAACGAAAGUUCCUGGAAGAUCUGGAGCAACAGCAAGACCGGAGGAAGAAAUCAAACCUUUCGUUAAAGGAAGAAAAGCGUGAAGAUCUUGAAAAAAUUAUGAAAGAAUGCCAGAAACUAUUCAAGGAAAUCACCAUGCAAGCUAAUGAUGGUGAUGUUAAGAAGAUCUGCAAGGAACUAGCCCAAAAAGAAAAGCUCGACAAGGAAAAAAUAAAGAAAAAGUGCCGGGAGCUGGCUGCAAGAGAAAAAUGUGAAAAGGAUAAGAUGAAAAAGAAGUGCAAGAAGUUGCUGAAAAAGGAUAAGUGCAAGAAAAAAAAAACUUGCAAAGAAGAGAAGCCUUGUCAAGAAGAAGAUCCCUGCGAGAAAAAAAGCUGUUGCCCCAAAGAUCCUUGCGCUAAAAAACCCAAGAAAGUUGACCCCUGCAAGAAGAAAGAUCCUUGCAAAAAAGAGGAUCCAUGCAAAAAGAAGGCUGUAAAUUGGAAAAAAAAGUGCAAGGAGGUUGCCGAGCGGGAGCAGUGCAAAAAGCUGGCCGAGAAGAAGAAGUUUAAGAAAAUGAUAAGAAUAUGCAAAAACCUUGCCGCAAAGGCAAAAUGCAAAAAAAUGGCGGAGAAAGAGAUGUGCAGGAAAAAGGCCAAAAAGGGCAAAAAGAAGUAAAUGACCGAUCAAGCUGCGCGGACUCAUAAAAAAAUCAAAAAUAUGGAAUUCUUUAACAUGUUUGAUUGAAAAUGAAGUACGAUUGUGGUUAAUAAAAACUUUGCCAAUCUGGCUUUUCACUUCGUAGUGUU